AGCCAGCUAUACUCAGAGAAGCUCCUUGCUGAACUCACUCCCCAGCUCCGGGAACUGACCCACCUCCUGAGAGCUGCUCCUCUUCAGGAUCCCAGAACAGGCUUCCAUGAUACUGUGGGCAUCCUUGCUGGUCCUCGCAGCUCCAGUGAGCGGACCACUUGUUCCUAUAUCCAAGUCCGUGAUUUCCCUUCAGCCUCCAUGGACCCCUGUCUUCCGUGGAGAGAUAGUGAAUCUGACAUGCAAUGGAUUUCACCUCUACGCACCAGAGAAAGUAGAGUGGUACCAUGUGUCCUCCAGGAGAAGAAAUUCAAGUGAAACCAUGGGAAACAUCCUUGAGGUUCGUGAUUCUGGAGAGUACAGAUGCCGGGCACCUGGCUCAUUCCUGAGCAACCCCGUGCAGUUAAUCUUUCAUCCAGGGUACUUCAUCCUCCAGGCCCCAUAUUCUGUGUUUGAAGGUGACGAGUUAGUCUUGAGAUGCCAGAAAAGGGGAAAAGAGAAAAUGACUGCUGUGAGAUACAUUUGGAAUGGAAAAGUUAUUUCUAAUUCUAGUAAAAGCACAGAUAUUUUGAUACCACAAGCAAGUUUAAAUAACAGUGGCUGUUACCAAUGCAUUGGAUCCUUGGAAAACGCUUAUGUAUUAAAAUCAAAUCUCAGAUACAUUCAAAUUCAAGAACUGUUUUCACGUCCAAAGGUGAAAAUCACAGACUCUCAGCCUACAGAAGGGAAUUCGGUAAACCUGAGCUGUGAAACACAGCUUCCUCUAGAGCGACCGGACACUCGGCUUCACUUUGUCUUCUUUAGAGACAAUGGGGUCCUCCUCUCAAACUGGAGCAGGUCCCCGGAACUCCAGAUCGCAGCCAUCUGGAAAGAGGACUCAGGGUCCUACUGGUGUCGUGCUGAGACGGUGACCAGCAGUGUCCACAAACACAGCCUCCCGCUCGAGAUCCAUGUGCAGAGGAUCCCAGUGUCUGGCGUGCUCCUGGAGAUCCAGCCCCAGGGGGACCUGGUGGUUGAAGGGGAGACGCUGGUCCUUGUCUGCUCUGUGGCUGAAGGCACAGGGAACAUCACGUUCUCCUGGCACAGAGAGGAUAUGGAGGAGAGUCUGGGAAAGAAGAGUCAGCGUUCCCAGAGAGCAGAGCUGGAGAUCCCUGACAUCAGGGAGAGCCAAGCAGGGAGCUACUACUGCGCAGCUGACAACAGCUACGGCCUCAUCCAGAGUGAGGCAGUGAACGUCACUGUGAGAAGCGUGCCCGGAAACAGAGGAGGCCUUGUUGCUGCCAGAGCCACUGGGGGAACACUCAGCACGCUUCUCCUGGCUGUGGCCCUGCUCUUUUACUGCUGGCACCGGAGGAAACCAGGGACUUCCUCGGGUCAAAGCCUGAACCCACCACCCUGUGCUCCAACGGUCCUGCUCUCCACAGGAGAUGGUUUUCUGGGAGACACAACCAGAAGCCCUGCCAGCCCAGGCCCCAGAGAGCACCCCCAUCCUGUGUGCCCCGCCCCAGUGGGGCUCCAGCUGUUGUACGACAAUGUGCACCUCAAAGAAAGAAACUUGGUAUAUUCUGAGAUCCAGAUUGUUCAGCCGGGAGAAGAAGGAGCAGGUACUGGGGAUUGAAACCAAGACCUCAUGCAUGCUAAGCACGUGCUCUACCACUGAGCUAUUACCCCCCACCCCCACCCCCACUGUCUCUUUAAACUUUAUUCUGCAGGAGAUCUUUCUGGGCACUUAUGAUGAAAAUUCUGGUAGCCAAAGGCUUUUCAACAUACUCUGCUUUCUCUUAGGUAAUAGACAGUAGCUGGAUAGGUGGAUGCCUUAUGUCACAAUCUCAAUUUAGUAACUAGAAUACCUAGUUUGAAGAUGUUAAUUAAAACUUUCCCCUCGACUACUCCAGGCAAAUUUCAGAAUGGAAGCUGGCAAUGGUAGGGAUGAAAGGGAGAAAGGGAGGACAGGGUACAACUGGCUUCUUCUCUCUUUCUUUGAUUGGCUGUUUCUAACUAGCCUGGAGGUUUCUAGGGAAAGGAGUUACUCCACCUGGUAUCUUAGAAGCUGGCUCCGCCUCCCUGGGAUGGCAGGUGCUUAAGCGGGCACUCUCCCCUGUGAGGGCCAUGUAUGGUCUCUCGAGGUUUCCCGCUGGAUCCCUCCUUUCUAAAGCUCCUUUGGCACAGCUGACACAUUUCUAAUUCCAGGAGUUGUGACUCCGUCAGUGGCCUCACCUCCAGUCAGUCACACUCAGCUUCCUGCUGCUACAGUCCCUUGGAACCUGUAGACCCUACUGAACAGGACCCAAGACGACCACACUCCUGCUUGUUCUGUCUCCCACAUGGACCACAUCUGUCCUUGGGAACGGAAAUAGAGCUCCUCCCCAGUAUCUUUGUGCCUAGUAGAAACUUCAAUUGUAACCUGAUCCUGAACUUGUUUUACAAACGAGGUGAAGGGCUUUUACGAGGUCACAAAGCUAGUAAGAGGCUUGCUGCUUACAGUGCCGGCUGCUGUAUUUGACUAACGCGUAUCAUCUGAACACCUGCUUUGUCUGUCACUUUGACUUCUCAGCCACCCCCACUCGUCAGGACCUUCUGAAUGAUGGAAUUAGAACUGUCACCAGCUUGCUUGGGCUAACUGGGUGCUUCUCAUGGAGUCACCUUGAUCAGCUGCUGCUCUUCACACUCUGCCCUUGACAUAUUCGUCAAAACACCACCGAAGCCGAGCACUCAGUUGGUGGACUAGUUACAUUUUAGGCUCUUUAUGUACUGAUGAUCUGUAGCAAGAUUUCUUCACCGGUGCCUCAAAGUUUGCAUAAAGCCCCUGAAAUUGUAUGCAAAGUUCUAUGCAUAUGACCAUUGUUUUGGGGGAGAGGGUACAUAGCUUCUAUCAGGUCAUUUAAAAGAUCUGUAACCCCAAAAGAUCUACGGUAAAAAUGUGGUGAAAAAGAGAGAAAUCUUGAGUGUACCAGGAUGUAUCUUUUUCUUUUCCCCAGGCUCUAUCUCUCAAUAAAAUUUCUAUAUAGCCCUUGUUAUUUUACCUCCUUCUCUGAAAUUUUUAAUUUCUAAUACAUCGUAUGGGAUAAAUCAUGCCUGCUUAACUUAUCUCUCCUGUGGCUCCAUCUCUCCAUCUCUAAGAAACUAAAGCAAUAAAAUCAAGAGCUAGAACUUGCUAACGCAGGGGAGUUUCCCUCACAGGGCAUACGUGUGAAGAGCUCUAGUGGGAACAUGCAGAACAACUGAGAGCUGGACUUUGAAUCUGGGGAGAGAUGGAGGAGGUGCUAUACGCUAAGAGAGGCAAGAAUUGAAACUAAGAGAGAAUUUAUUUCUUAACAUCUGGUAAAGGAAGAGAGUGGAGUUUCUUGGUGUCGUAUUGAGGGGAGGACUUUAUAGAUCAAUGGAGCUUGAAAGGAACGUCCAGAGGGCUGGGUUAAGAAAUUGUAAAACAAAAUUACAUGUAUUGUUAGACACGUUGGGGCAGGGUGGAAAAAAACAUGAUAAUCAAUGGAAAAGGCCCAGUGGCUCUCAGACCCUGGGGAAUAAGCUAGAAGACUGGGUUCUGACUGGAUCCAAAUGCUCAUAGUUUAGCGGUUUCCUUUUCUUCCACAGCCAGUACCUCCAGAACAUCUGUAGAGAACGAGGUGAGUUUAAUUUCCUGACUAUUUUCUCCCCGACUAAUACGUAUAGCCCCAUACUCCCUCACUUUCCAGAUCUUCUUCUAUCUUUUUCCCACCCCAGCAUGCCUCAACUGUUUACUCUGUGGUGAAGACACAGCUCUGGGAUGAUUCAGCUGGAAAUGUCAGCUCUGAAGAUGAAGAUGCCAUGGAAGGUUAUGCGGGUGUCCCACUCGUGUGCCUUGUCCCUGAC